GAAGACAUACAUGAGUGUGGACCAUCAGUUUUUCAAAAUUUAAACAUAUAGGAGGGAAUUGCGUUUCCUGUUCAUCGUAUUCCUGCUAAAUCAUGUCGGGACAUCUGGAGACGAAACCACUUAACCUAACUACCGGUGAUCACAGAAAACGUAGAGCGCUGAAUAUUUGUCGUUCUGACGUAAGUGACGAUGGCAUCGACAAGUCGCGAAUUCUGAAGACGAUUGCGUGCAGUCAUAUCAACAAAGAAACGUCAUCGGAUCCUCGUCCAAUCAGAUCGAGUUCCGGUUACCCGAGUAACGAUGACGUCACGAUUGAACUUCGACCAUACAAGCACCAAGUCGGAGGUCAUACUUGCGUUCUGGAGAUUGGGCGGACGUCAAUUUGUAAACCGUUCGUCGAGCGGGAGAGCUGGUUCUAUGUAAACGCACCAGACGCAUUGAAGCAAUUUAUUCCAAAGUACUUAGGUGAGACCUACGUAAGCUGCGAAAUAAAGGACUCCCGAAGGUGCCUCAUGGCGACCGUGCCGCGCGCGCUGAUUAAAGACGACGACAUGUCGUGCUACGAGAACGCGGGCACGUGCGACUUCCUGGUUUCCAAGCGACGGAAGAAGCAGCCGAAAAGCGACGUAUUGACGGAUGAUUGAUAAAUGGACUUUCCCGCUGAUGUGAUAAAUCUGAUAAUUUAUAAGCGCUUAAUUUUAGAAGUAUCGUGUAUUUCUAUCCCGAAAGGAUAUAAAAAUAAAUACAUAUAUGAAAAUCAUUUUUUUCAAAACACAACAGAAAACAAUCUACAAUUAAUUUUAUAUUUUUUUGUUUAAUUCUUUACGCACGAUAAUUAUAUGAAUUCAAUGCGGAUCUUUUCUUAUUGAUUAUAUAAUGCUAUGACAAUUUAAUUUAUAAAAACUUAAUCUUCGUAAGAAGCACCAGUUUUUUUUAAAAGGUACAAAACAUCAAAUAUAUAUAUCUUAUAUACAAAUAAUCCUUUCUGGAUGACCGUUGAUCCAGUCACAGCCAUCGAGCGAAUUUUUUGUGGUUAAACUACCUUAAAAUAAACAAACAUAUAAUAAGCCUCGCUCUGGUAAAACAGGGCUUAAUGCUUGUGCGUUCAGGCUUAACAGGGUCGCCACUUUCCACCGCGUUCACUGUAUUUUUGGCUUAGCGGAGACUUCCUUUACAGGGAUCUUUUCACGUUUUGGUAAAUUGACAAAAUUGAAAAAAGUUGUUUCAGAUUCGUAAGUUUUCGUUUUAGUUAUGAUAUUUGUGAGGAAACAGUAAUACUGAACAUUAACCAUGCUCUAAUAUAGCCAUUAUAUGCAUCUUUUGACGAUUUUAAAAACUAAAAAUUAUAAAGCGUUGCAAUGCGAAACGAUUGAAUAAUUUGGAGAGUUCUGUUUUUGUCGUUAAAUUUUGUGAAACUACGAAGAUUGCUUACAUAAGGUAUAAAAUACGUCUCGUAUGUGUACUCGGCGGAAUAGCUCAGUAGGCUAAAGCGUUUUUACUUCAGGACUCUGGCAGGACUCCAGGGGCCACUGGUUCGAAACCUGCUCCGGGCAAUGUUCUUUUCCUUUUUUUAAUUUUUUUCUUGUUUUUUUACUGGAGCUUUUACGAUCCAAUGUUUACAUUUAUCAAUAUAAAGCAUUUAAUGAAUAAGUUAAAAAAAUGCCAAAAUCUGUGAAAAGGCCCCUUUAAACAAAAACGUCCAUAAAAGCGGAAAAUGUCGUCCUUAAUUAGCUAGUGCGGACUGCACAGUUUAAUCUGGGAAUACACUUUGCGCUUAUACAUUAAGAUACGUUUCUCCUAGUGCUAGGCUAAUGCAUAUACUAACAUCAAACAGUGUAGAACUUUCAUGUUAUAAUUUAAAAAAAUGUUUGCCUGAUCAUGUCCGAAUCUAUGCAAUGUUUCUUGGUCGUUGGCGAAUACUCAAGUAUUGUUCUGAUCCCAAAAACCAUUGGGGCUACAGCGUUCGUUGUUUUACUCCUUUCCAUCAUAACUAUACUUUGUUGUCAAUUUGGCUAUUAACAAAAAUAUUUAAAUAUGUAAACAUUUUUCUAUAAAAGGUGUUUUUUGCAGUGUUUUUUGCAGUGAACUCCAAGAGACUCAGAAGCUCCGCUCAUGGAGUAGCACGUGCGUUGACAGACAGAUCAGUCGCUAUGGUUUCUGGGCCAACAGCCAGCCUUAACGUUUUAUCAUGCUUGAAAAUCUCGUCUGGGACUGCGUCAAGCCGUGUAUUAUGGAUCUCAAAAUGGGCACACAACAAUUCAGCGAAAAUGACAACGAGGCAAAGCGGAUGUUGAAAGAGCGCAAGUGUGCGGAAACAACUUCCGCCUCGCUUGGUUUUCGAAUCUGCGGGACUCAGGGUUAUCAAAUUCAAACAUCGGCCUACAUCUUUCACGACAAGUACUACGGACGAUCACUUAACGAGCUAAGUACAAAAGAGGAGCUACGCCAUUUCUUCCACAACGGCGUCUUUCUGCGUUGUGACGUUAUAGAACAAAUGAUUCAGAAAAUUGUGUCACUCGAAUGUGUUCUAAUUAAAGAAAAACUUUUCAAUCUGCAUUCCACAUCGUUGCUUCUGUUAUAUGACGGUGAUGUUGCUGAUGACGUCAUCAGUGUCGCUAGCAAUCACGUCAUGAAAAAGAACGGUGUGACGGUAGUAAUGCGGAAAGGUGAUGACACUAUUACUCCAAGAAGCUUAUUAUCCAACGGGCUUUUUACUCAGCAAUUAUGUUCACAAGACAGUUCAAAGUGUGAUGUACGAAUUGAAGGACUGAAAUUGAAGUCUUUCUCUGACGUCAAAACUUGUACGCGAGAUAUUGAAAAUUGUGAUGUACCCAAUGAAAAGCUGACAUUGAACUCUUCAUCUGACGUCAAAUCGUCGCCAAGCAACACGCCGAAACACGAGUCAUAUCAAGGCCACCGUGAUAUCUCUCACAGUCGAUUGGUCGGCAGAGAGAAUUGCGCUUUGCCUUACGUCGAAUUCCCGCCCGUCGAAAAAGGAAAUAAUAGCAUCAUACAGUGUCAAAAUGAAAACGUAGAAAACGCACCGGUGAAAAAUCCUUACACAUCGAGGCGAAGUGUAGAAAGAAUAGAAUCUUCCUCAGAAAUUGACGCGAUUGUCACAAAGGUAUUCAAUGGAGAUGCCGUGACAUAUGCCAAUCAACAGCGAGUUUUGACUUCAAAUGUUGAGCAACAAUGUAGGGUCGAUAUGAGGUUAAUAGAUUUCGCUAAUGCUAGUGAUAAAACGUCCGACGUGGAGAAUGCAGAGAAUCGACCGAUUCUGUUUGGAUUAGGAAAACUUAAAGCAAUGCUCAAUGAAAUUCUCCAAGAAGAGAUCCAUCAUCAGUAACUGGUGAUCAAUUGAUAGUUGUCGGAUCAAGUACUACUUAAAAUUACCCCAGAUAAUCUUAAGUAUACUACAGUGUACCCUAGGUACGGAGAAUACGCUUUCAGGCAUCCGGUCAUACCCCGGGGUACUUGUUUCUAUAUUGUCCGUGCCCCGGGUAAUUUGUAGUAUACUUAAGAGUACCAGUAGUAUUUUUAAGUAGUACAUGAGCCGCCAAUGACCAAUCGAGCGCAACUGGUAGCAUGACGAUUUGACAUUAACUUUUCAAGAAUUAAGAAUUAAGGCCAAACCUGUUUAAUUCUAUGCUUAUCGUCAUCGGGCCGAAUAGUUUCUCGCAUGUCGCAAAAGAAAAUAUCAAUUUUGAAAUUUUGGUAAAACAAUUGGAAAAAAAAUCACAAUUUUAGACCAAAAUCCGUUUAGUGUCUUUUAAUUUGCGUAAACAAAUGUGCAGCUAACAAUCGUGUAGAUAGAAAGUACUAAAUGUUCAGAUGACAUCACACAGUUUUGUAAAUUAUCAUUUCUUUAAGUUUGUGUGAUUAAAUUACUGUACUCAUAAUUUCCACCGAAAUCGGGAUAUCAAUUUUAAUUGAAUGUCCUAAUUUUUACUAUGAAUAGCAUUUUUCACCUUGUUUUAGAGCCUGUUAAAACCAAUUCAUUCAAAUUGAGAUCGUUUUUCAUAAUUUAUUUUAAGUGUCCGUUUAUCCAAGGUAAAUCUCGUUACACUUUCAAUUACAUAGUUUAUGUCGAUAUUUAUUACUCAUAUAUAUUUCAUACAGAAUGUAGUGUCAUAGAGUUAGAUAUUUUUUUAAUUUAUGCAUGUGUUCAUUCUACCAGAUAUUGUUUAAACAUUAGGUAUAUGUGUAACACAAGCACCAACAAGACUCAUUGGAUUUUGCUAUACAUGUGUUUAUAUAUUUUGUUUUAUUUUACACUAUACUGUGCUAAUUGUUAUGAUAACAAACUGCCUACAUGUAAAUUAUGUAUUUAUAUAUGUUAUAUUAUGUAAAAUGCAUGUGCUUAUUUUUCGCAUAAGAUUAUUCGUAUAACAAUAAAUAUAAAAAUGUAUAUAUUUCUACCUAAGGUUAUUUAUUCAUCUUGUUAAAUUUCUUUUUUUUUAUAUGUCUGUACAUUAGAAAUAAAUGACUUUCAAAUCGUAGAUAUAACAUUUUGUAAAUACGUUUUUUUUUAUCGUUUUUUGCUGAAACUUUCGUUUCUUUGUUUAUCAAUAAUACGUUUUGUUAUGAUUUAUACUUGUUCGUUCUGUUACAAAUCACAGAGUGCCUUGUUAUUUCCAUGUUCAUUUUAAUAAUAUUGUCAUUGUCGACAUAUGUUUUUUUGCAUUUUUCUAAAUUAAAAAAUAUAAUUAUAUUUAAGCAUAAUAGACACCCCACAAACAACACAGUAUUUGUGUACAUAAACUAUUUACUAAGGCAUACUAUUAUGUGUUUAAAAUAAACUGCAUGUGUAUAA